GAGUUGCUGCGCCUCUGUUUCGGAGGAGCCAGCAAUUUGGUCGCAAUCGCUUGUGAACGAGCUUCGACCCUCCUCGAUCCUGCUAUUGCCUUGCCCUGCUUGAAUAUCUCCUCUGUACACUUCAUCUUUGGCUUAUAUUCUGUAGGUUAUUACAAGCUGUGCGGCAGCGGCAACGGCAGCAUCAGCAGCUUUCAUCAUUGUCGUAUAUCAAAUACGCGAACCUCCACCCUCUUCUUGAUCUCUUUCUUUCGUUUUCUGUAUGUCGCCCCCACCGUCCCUUCUUGACUUGACUCUUGUCACUGCCGUCGUUCACAUUCACCGCUUCUCUGACCUCUCCUCCGUCCCCGACUACCUGGUUUACGAGCUUUUCCAGAAAACGUUGGCAGCCGGCAAGCUCAAUGACCAUGUGUUGCGAAUGUUCCUUGGUACGGGCAAUGACGAGGUUUUCCAAUUGGUGGAGGCUUUGAAGAUUCGUCCUGUCAUUAAGCCCAUACUUCCCACUCGUGAGUCCAUUUACAUCUUUCUGGAGCAGGGAUGUUCAGAUCGGGAGUUUUAAUGCAAGGACACUUUGAGAAGCUGGCGAUCUUGAGAAUUUCUCCAUUACCCCUCGUUCAAUCUCUCCCUCAAAAAACAAAGACUUCGACUUCUGUUGCAAGUACUUGAUGAGUAUCUGAGGUUGUCUCGUCUGUAGUAUUUGUGAUGGAUCACAGAACUAGCCUGGACGAUGCGGGAUUCAUGAAACGACUAGUCUCUGGUUUUGGUUAUUACAUCUUCAUUCCACAUCAAAUAGUGUUACCCUUGUGUUUAAUGCUCCGCAAUAUUUAUGAUUCUAUUUCAAUCCAUGAGUUUUAAAACCUGAACCUUCUCAA